AACAUCAUUUAUUUUGGAUAAUAAAAAUAAAUUCCGUUCAGAUACGUAUGAAGCGUAUCUUAUCUUUUUGGCAAAAUCAUGGAAACUUUAUGCAAUUCUAAGAUCCUAAGCAAAAUCAUUGACAAAAAAAAUCUUUAUUAGGCGUGCGAGAUACGCACUGCCUACUGUUGUUAUCAUUUGAAGUUUGGCCGCAUCAAAGGUUGCGAAAAUCGUUGAUCUAUAGCUACGCCGUGAAAGUAAAAUUGAAGGAAAAUUUUGGGGAAAUAUUUUGGAAAAAAAUGUGCAAAAUAUCCCCUAUAUUCAAACAAUUCCUCACCAUAGUUAGUUGUAAUUUAUUGGCAUUCUCAUUUGGAAAUGCAUCCGGAUGGGCCACGAUAAACUUUAUCGAGCUUCAAAGUGAGAACAGCACCUUUCCAUCGGGUCCGUUGACGUUGCAAGAGGCAAGCAUGGUGGUGGCAUCAGUAAAUCUGGGAGGGGUGGCCGGUAAUUUUGCAGCAUUGCCGAUAAUUCACAAAAUUGGCGCUAAGAGAUCAAUCCACAUAUUUGGCGUGCCAUUUAUUCUUGGCGCUUUACUUAUAAUUUGGGCACAAAAUGUGUACUAUCUCUAUAUUGCACGAAUUUUAUGCGGCUUUGGUGGUGGUGUCUUAUCAGUUAGUGUACCCAGUUUGGUCAGCGAUAUCUCGCAUGACAAGGUGCGAGGUGCUUUGAAUUCACUCACAGAUCCAUUGUGCAAUACCGGAAUAAUCGUAUCAUUUUUCCUUGGCAACUGUUUAAGUUGGAUGGACCAAGCGAAGGUGCAAAUGAUAACACCGGUUAUUGCCAUAAUUAUACUCUUUUUCCUACCGGAAUCACCCGAAUAUUGGACUAUUCGAAAUAAAGACAAGCGAGCGAUGGAAGCACAUAAGUUUUACAAAGGAAGUAUCGCAGCGCUAGAACACGGUGAAUUCCUACAGAAACAGAAAGAGGAAAAAAUUGAAAAGGGAAAUGUGGAAAAGACCAACAAUGAAACUGAAUCCGAACCGAAAUUGUGCCUUCGAGAUUUUCAAACAACGCAAGCAAAGAGAGCAUUCUUCGUUGCAUUCACUGGACUAGCGUUAUGCUAUUGUAGUGGCACUAUUUUGAUUCUCAGCUAUGUGACAGAUAUAUUUUCCAAAACUGGCUCCUCACUCUCGCCAAAAGACUCUUCAAUUUUAAUUUCCGUGACUCAAAUAGCCGCAAAUUUAUCUUUCUUGAAUUUGGUCGACAGAAUCAAUCGGAGAACGCUGCUGAUUUGCUCAUCAUUAUUAACCAUAAUCAGUUUAUUCCUGUAUGCAACCUAUUGUUUGCUUUGGAUGAAUCAACCCGAAUAUCAAGGGAUUUCUUGGGUUCCAACGAUGUGCUUUGCAUGUAUCACUUACUUUAGCUGGAUAGGUCAGAUUCCUAUACCCUUUAUCGUCAUGACUGAAAUAUUUCCGAAAAAGAUACGGCAGACAUCCCUUGCACUGGCCAUUUCACUGUAUUGGAUCAUUCUUUUCGUGCUUGGAUCAAUAUUUCCAAUUUUUCUCGAAAAAUUUGGUCCAUUCUUAUGUUUGAGUACGUUUGGUGUUAUAUGUAUAAUUCACCUGGUUUUUAGCAUAGUUUUCCUUCCGGAGACUCGCGGAAAAUCUUAUGCAGAAAUUAUGAAAAUUAUGAGCAAAUAAAGUGAAAUUAUUAAUAAAGUUGCCUUUUUACA